UCUAAGCACGAAACCCCCGUAGCACCCAGGAAAGAUGGCUGGGUGUCUCCUUAUCCUCUCCGUGUGCUCGCAUCUCUCUUGGGAAGCUAGGCUUGCUAAAGUUCACACAUACGAAACCUCCCUUUUCAGUAUUGGAGAUCGAACCUGGGACCUCAUGCCUGUUAGGUAAACUCUCUACCACUGACCACAUCCUGCCCUCUUUUUUACUUUUUGUUUUCUUUCUGUGUGUGUCUACAUAUGUGCACAUGUAUACGUAGGUGUGGGUGCGUGUGCGUGCAUGGGAAGGGCAGAGGUCAGGAUGGGUAUCUUCUGUCACUCCCCACCUAAUUCCUUCACUGAAUCUGGAGCUCACCAAUUUUGGCUAGACUGGCAGACCAGCAAAACUCAGGGAUCCCCCUGUAUCAGCACCCCCCAGUGUUGGGGUUAUAGGCACACAUCGCUGAACCUGGCGUUUUAUGUGAGUGUUGGGGAUCCAAACUCAGAGUCUUAUGUUAAUGAGCACUAUCUAUGGAGCCAUCUUAACUCAUUUUACUCUUUACUUUGAAACAAUCUCAUUAAGUUGCCAGAGUUGGAUUUCAGCCCACUUUAUAGCCGAGGCUGACUUUGAACCCGCCAUCAUCCUGCUUCAGCCUCCUGAGUAGCUGGGACUCUAGGCUUGUCGUCAGGCCUGGCUCUGCUUUAUAGUACAAGCUCUAUACCUACUUGUAUCAUCAUUUAGACUGACCAGUUUUUGCUUCAACUUAACUAGAAAUUUUGUACCACUCCCCCAUCUAUGGUUUUUAAUGCAUUUAUGUUAUCUCGACCACUGUCAGGGAAUAUCAGAAGAUAAUAUUUUUUUUUGCCUCUGAUGGAUUUGGGGGUUUCGAUAGAGUCAAAGGAAGAAACAUCUAAUGGCAAAAUUGAUCGACUCCCCAGGUAGAGAAUGUCCCCAUCCUUACUGCUACCCCGUUAUCCUCUCUGCACACAAAUCUGCCUUACAGCUCCUGCCACUGAGUGAACGUAAAAUGAACAAGUCGAUAUUAUUGAAUCCCGUGCAUUUGCCAAACACCGUGCUAAGUGCCUUCACAUACAUUUUCUCGUUUAAUGGCUCCUUUGCUUACUUACUGCAGUGGACAAAGUGGAACUGGGCCUUUGCUUGCUCCUCCCCCUCUCCGUCUGAGCUAGCCUUCCGCUCACACUGAAACAAAAUCCGUUCUUCCUGCAUUUCAUCCAGGUCUACGGCCGAAAGCUGGCCUCUCGUUUCUAGAAGACGAAAGCUGCGGUGAUUUAGGAGAAAAUGGGAGCUAUUCCUGCCGCCAUGUCUGCCACCUGCCACCAAGACACCUGCCAUGAGGGACUCUUAUGCCUCUGGAGUCAUACGAUCAAGUAGUUCAUCCCAGCAGCAGAAAUGGAAUCAGGACAUGAAAGAAGAGGACACACCAUGGAGCCAGGAGCAGGAAGCAGUGCCAAGGGGCAAAGGCCAUGGAGAAGCACAGAAGAUGAGCAGCUGCCGUCAGGAUGAUAGAAGACGUGUCUGGAGGUACAGGAAUUGUUUUCAGGAAACACUGCCAUCAUCACCUCCGAGAGCAGGAUGCUUGUGAAGCUCCCGGGAAAACCAUGUUCUCGACAGUCCCUGUUCUUUCAGGCUUUCAUUCCCCCUUCUCUGCAGCCCUGGCUUCUUCCACUGCUAACCUGAACAUUUUAGUGGAUAAACCAAAUGAUCAAUCUUCCAGAUGGUCUUCUGAGAGCAACUAUCCUCCCCAGUACUUGAUUCUGAAGCUUGAAAGGCCUGCUAUAGUUCAGAAUAUUACAUUUGGAAAAUAUGAGAAAACCCAUGUCUGCAAUUUGAAGAAAUUCAAGGUCUUUGGUGGAAUGAAUGAAGAAAAUAUGACAGAGCUGUUGUCUAGUGGCUUGAAGAAUGAUUAUAACAAAGAAACAUUUACCUUGAAACAUAAAAUUGAUGAACAGAUGUUCCCUUGUCGAUUCAUUAAAAUUGUUCCACUUUUGUCCUGGGGGCCCAGCUUUAAUUUUAGCAUCUGGUAUGUUGAACUUAGUGGCAUUGAUGAUCCUGAUAUAGUGCAGCCCUGUCUGAACUGGUACAGCAAGUACCGCGAACAAGAAGCCAUUCGCCUUUGCCUGAAACACUUCAGACAGCACAACUAUACAGAGGCUUUUGAGUCCCUGCAGAAGAAAACCAAGAUCGCCCUGGAGCACCCGAUGUUGACAGACAUGCACGACAAAUUGGUGUUGAAGGGUGACUUUGAUGCUUGCGAAGAGUUGAUUGAAAAAGCUGUGAAUGAUGGCUUGUUCAAUCAGUAUAUCAGUCAGCAGGAGUAUAAGCCGAGGUGGAGUCAGAUCAUUCCUAAGAGCACCAAAGGUGAUGGAGAAGAUAACCGGCCAGGAAUGAGAGGGGGCCAUCAGAUGGUUAUUGAUGUUCAGACAGAGACUGUUUAUUUGUUUGGUGGCUGGGAUGGAACACAAGAUCUGGCUGACUUCUGGGCAUACAGUGUGAAGGAGAACCAGUGGACAUGUAUCUCUAGAGACACUGAGAAAGAGAAUGGUCCUAGUGCCAGGUCGUGCCAUAAAAUGUGCAUUGACAUCCAGCGGAGGCAAAUCUACACGUUGGGCCGCUACUUGGAUUCCUCUGUGAGGAACAGCAAAUCUCUGAAAAGUGACUUCUACCGUUACGACAUUGACACCAAUACCUGGAUGUUACUGAGUGAAGACACUGCUGCUGAUGGUGGACCAAAGCUGGUGUUUGAUCAUCAGAUGUGUAUGGACUCAGAAAAACACAUGAUCUACACCUUUGGUGGUAGAAUUUUGACAUGUAAUGGCAGCGUAGAUGACAGCAGAGCCAGUGAGCCACAGUUCAGUGGCUUGUUUGCCUUCAACUGCCAAUGUCAGACCUGGAAACUUCUUCGAGAGGACUCCUGUAAUGCUGGCCCCGAGGACAUCCAGUCUCGAAUUGGACACUGCAUGCUGUUCCACUCAAAAAAUCGUUGCUUAUAUGUAUUUGGUGGCCAGCGAUCUAAGACAUAUUUGAAUGAUUUCUUUAGUUAUGAUGUGGACUCUGAUCAUGUAGACAUAAUUUCAGAUGGCACCAAGAAAGACUCUGGAAUGGUACCAAUGACAGGAUUCACACAGAGAGCAACUAUUGAUCCAGAACUGAAUGAAAUACAUGUCUUAUCUGGACUCAGCAAAGACAAAGAAAAGAGGGAAGAGAAUGUCAGAAACUCCUUCUGGAUUUAUGACAUUGUGAGGAAUAGCUGGUCUUGUGUCUAUAAGAAUGAUCAAGCUGCAAAAGAGAAUCUGAGUAAAAGUCUUCAGGAAGAAGAACCAUGUCCAAGGUUUGCCCAUCAACUCGUUUAUGACGAAUUACACAAGGUUCAUUAUUUAUUUGGUGGAAAUCCAGGAAAAUCUUGCUCUCCAAAGAUGAGACUAGAUGACUUCUGGUCACUGAAGUUGUGUAGACCUUCUAAAGAUUACUUACUGAGGCAUUGCAAGUACCUCAUAAGAAAACACAGGUUUGAAGAAAAGGCCCAGAUGGACCCUCUUAGUGCUCUGAAGUAUUUACAGAAUGAUCUUUAUAUAACUGUGGAUCAUUCAGACCCAGAAGAGACAAAAGAGUUUCAACUCUUAGCCUCAGCUCUGUUCAAAUCUGGCUCAGAUUUCACAGCUCUAGGCUUUUCAGAUGUGGAUCACACCUAUGCUCAAAGAACUCAGCUCUUUGACACCCUAGUAAAUUUCUUUCCCGACAGCAUGACUCCUCCUAAAGGCAAUCUGGUAGACCUCAUCACACUGUAAACUGGGGAGUCAAGUUGAGGAAUUGCUAGGCUCAGAAGUGGAGACUGGAGUCGGAGUUCCGAGUUUGUCUGGGCAGAGGUGACGUCGCAGUAAUUGAGGACUGCAUCAGAGUUUUGAAGGAUCCUUAUUAUCACAAGUUUUAACCCUCUCCUUCGUACCUGACCUCAGUCCCCUUUUCCUCAUAUUCCUGCAGUAGGCUAAUAAAGUGAAAUUGAUAUACUUCCCAUUUAA